UUUAGAUCCUGGAUUUGGACCUGCAGGUCCUGGGUUUGGACCUGCAGGUCCUGGGUCUGGACCUGUAUGUAGAUCCUGGGUUUGGACCUGUAGGUCCUGGGUUUGGACCGGGGGUUCUGGUGGUUCUGGUCUCUGACCCCCUCCCUCUCUGCAGCCAUGCUGAAGCCCGGGGAGCCCAGCGGUUCGGCCUUCCUGAAGGUGGACCCGUCCUACCUGCAGCACUGGCAGCAGCUCUUCCCUCAGGCCCAGCUCAAGGCUCCGGUGGUCCCUCCGGCCCCCCCUGUGGGGGCCCUGCGCCAGUCCCGCCUGCACGGCCACCUGCUGACCUCCUCACACUGCACACCUUCCUCCUCCUCCUCCUCCUCCUCCUCCUCAGCCGCGGCCCUCACCCCGUCCUCCUCCUGCACCCCCUCGGGUCUCUCUCAGCUCCCCGUCCCGCAGCAGAUCGCCCUGUUCGGACAGGCGCUGGCGCCGGUCUGCGCCGGGCCUGGAGGACCGGGAGGUCCGGGAGGGGGUCCGGCAGGAGACCUGGUGGUGGUGGUCCCCCCAGAGAACCAGCAGGGUCACAACCAGACAGUGGAGCUCCUCCAUCAGGCCAAGGAGCAGGGCUGCGGGGGGGUGGGGGUGGUGUCCUCCAGCGUGAAGAGCGGCGGGGCAGGAGGAGGAGGAGAGGAGGGGGGAGGAGCCAAAGGAGCCGCGGCCAGGUUCAAAGUGACGUCAGAGGAGCUGGACUACUACCUGUACGGUCAGCAGAGGAUGGAGAUCAUCCCCCUGAGUCAGAGCGGGGAGACCAACAACCGUUGUGACAUGUGUGCGGACAACAGGAACGGGGAGUGUCCCAUGCACGGUCCUCUCCACUCUCUGCGUCGCCUAGUGGGAACCAGCAGCACGGCCGCACCUGUCCCGCUGCCGGACGUUCCUGAUUGGCUGAGAGACCUGCCCAGAGAGGUCUGUCUCUGCACCAGUACGGUUCCUGGUCUGGGUUAUGGGAUCUGUGCGGCCCAGAGGAUCCCUCAGGGAACCUGGAUCGGCCCGUUUCAGGGCGUCCCUCUGCUGGUGGACAAGCUGCAGUCCGGAGCUGUGAGGAACACCAGACACCUGUGGGAGUGGCAGGAGAAAGUCAAUGUGGCCGUUAUAAACAGCUGCAUUAGCAUCAGAGCGCGCCGCAGAGUGAAGGAUGCUGGGAGAUGGACACACAGAUGGAUGAGUCCCCCGCGGCCAAAACGCUAAAGGUCAGGCAGACGUCGGUUGACCGAACAUCCGUCUCCCUGCAGGAGGAGGAGGAGGAGGAG